AUGCACCUCCACUUCCUCCUCCUCAGCACCCUAGGGGCGGCAAUGACCGUUUCCGCGGGAGCAGAUGACAGUGGCAGUCACGAAAUUCCAUCUGCCGUUGUUCCCGAAUGCCCAAGGAAAAGUAAGAUCGUAUUCAACAAAUCGGUUCCGGAGGGAACGACAUUCCCAUCGACUCAAGUCGACCUGUGUUACAGUACCAAAGGAUCCGAGAUUUCUCCCAUGCUCCAUCUGACAUUCACGGCCUUCGACGAAAAGUACUUCUAUUUCAAUCCCAGUCAGGGAACCAACGACGACAUAUGGAAGUACUCGGUGAUGGAGGCGUUUAUACAACUCGGCGAUGAGCCACCCCAAACAUACCUCGAAUUCGAAGUAAAUCCGAACAACGUCACCUACCAGUCGUUUAUUUACAAUCCUUCGCGCGUGCGUGCAGAAAAUGCGCCUAUGGAUCACGCUUUCAUCUCUGAUCCCUUCGGGGAUGGGAUGUUGGCGAAAACAACUCUCAAUCGCCAAGACAAGACUUGGAAGUCGGAAGUUCAGAUCCCGCUUGCCCUGUUUAACGCGCCCGAGGAUCUUCGUGGUACACGCUGGAGAAUGAAUUUCUUCCGCACCAUCACCAACCCGCAGACAUUCCCUGAUCAGAAACUGGGGGCUUGGAGCCCGCCUAAUGAGCCGAACUUUCAUAUGACACCAUUUUUUGGUCAUGUGGCUUUUGUUUAG